AUGGAUAAAUUUUCUUCUUCUACAAGGAGGACAUACACAGAAUCGUUACUGAAUAGAAGAAGCUCUUGCUGGCUGCCGAAAGAGGACAUACACAGAAUCACAUCCCAGCGGCUACGGUACGAGUCGUCGGAGCCAAGCCAACCUCCGUUCGUGCCGAGGCUGUUGCACCCGCACCGACGGCGACGUCCAGCCCGGAACAGCCUCUCCAACAACAACACGAACUGCGUGAUCGCAGAAAUAACCCGCUCGUUCCUGAGUGCGCCUGCUCCAAGUCGUCCCAACAGGCUCGAACGAUUGUCACCUCAGAUGCCGGGCGUCACCUCUUCGUCGCCGGCGAGCGGCUUGCUGGAGCUCCCUCGCAUCCGCACGACUCUCCCCGCCGCCUGCUCGAAAGUAGGAAGACCCAAGGCGCAGGGCCAUACGAAGGCGAAGGCAGGCGAGUGUGAUGAAUCUGCAUCGUCAGCAAGGGGUAUGAGCCCGCCGCCACAAGUCGACCCGGAGGCAGGGAAGAGGAGGUGCUCCUGGAUCACUGCCAACUCUGAAUCCCUCUACGUUGCAUUCCACGAUGAAGAAUGGGGAGUUCCUGUUCACGACGAUCGUAAGCUGUUUGAGCUGCUUACGUUGUCACAAGCCUUAGCUGAGCUCACGUGGCCAGUUAUUUUGAGCAAGAGGGAGGAGUUCAGGGCGAUGGUUGAUGGUUUCUACGAUGCAUCCUUGGGUGAGUUCACGGACAAGAAGAAGAUGAACCAGUUGCCAAAGUCAAAUGGAACAAGGCUGUUGUCAGAGCAAAAGAUGCGAGCUGUUAUCACAAACGCCAAGCAAAUUCGAAAGGUAGUUCAUGAGUUUGGAUCGUUCAGCAACUACUGCUGGAGCUUCGUGAACCACAGGCCCGUCACAAACGGCUUCCGCUACGCCCGCCAAGUACCCAGCAAGACGCCCAAAUCUGAAGCCAUGAGCAAGGACAUGAUGCGGCGAGGGUUCCGGUGCGUCGGCCCCACGACGAUCUACUCCUUCAUGCAGGCCGCCGGAAUCGUGAACGACCAUCUGCCGUGCUGCUUCAGAUUCGAUCAGGUUUGCAGACAGGCCAAGGUUGAUGAGAAGGACCUGAGAGCAGAGAGAAGAUCGAGCUCAUCCUCUUCAGAGGAUUCAGAGAUCAGGGGGUGUAAUUAA